AUGCCUCCCCCUCUACCCCUUCUAACCCGUCUCCCCCUUCAGGCGGGCGCAUCCAACGCCAAUGCCUUUAUGCGCCGAGGCCCUCCCACGGCGGCGAGGCCGGCGCUGCUGCUCCCGCCGCUGCCGUCACUACCAUUGCCCCUCGUCGCCCUCUUCACCACAUCCCCCUCCGCGUCGCUAAAGAGGCACCAGAUGCCACCUCGGCCCAAGCCCCCUCCAGACUCCGACAUCGAGGAAUCUUACCUCAAAGGCAGCGGGCCGGGUGGUCAGAAGAUUAACAAGACGAGCUCGGCCGUGCAGCUCAAACACAUACCCACUGGCAUAGUCGUCAAGUCCCAAGCCACCAGAUCCCGCUCCCAGAAUCGAAAGAUUGCCCGCGAAAUCUUGGCCGAAAAGAUUGAUAACCUGCAGAAUGGCGACCAGAGUCGUUCCGCCAUUGUCGGCGAUGUGAAGCGCAAAAAGGCCGCCAGUGCAUCCAAGAAGAGCAAGAGAAAGUACCGUCAGCUUGGAGAGGAAAAAGCAAAUAGUGAGGCGAGCGAAGACGGAGCUAGCGAAGAAGCUGUUCAAGACGAGACGAACGGCGACCCAAGCUCUGAGGAAGUAAAGACCUCCCAUACGGCUGAUCCUAGUUCCAUUGUACAAAGUAAAAACCCGUAA